AUGUCGAGAAGUUUGGGAAGGGUGGUUGUGGUGGAGGAUCGGGUGGAAGUGAUCGAGAGGUUGAGAGUGUGCACUGGUGUGACGUUUAUCCCUUCCGAUGUGUCGAUUUUGGCUGGAAGGCUGGUUAACAAUCCACUAACGCCACUUUUCUCCCCACUAGCAGCGCCGGAGUCGACCGAGAUGAGCUUGGACCGAAAAUCGUCCACAAUCCCCCUCAACACCACCGCAUCGUACGCCGGUGUAGGCAGCACAGAGUUGUGCUUCCGAAGCCGUCUCGCAUCGACAGAACCGGGAGUCACCGUUCCAGCAUCACCCCCAUCGGAUAGCGAGUUGCGUGAGGAUGAUGCGUAUGGAGCAUGUGAUGGAUCGGUCAGCAACGGCGUUCGUUCCGAUGGGGAUGAGUUGCGUCGGGUGGGAAAGCAGCAUGGAAAGAUGGUGGAGAGGAAUCGUUCCAUGGUCAUGUCCGGAGUGGCCGGGAGGGUGAUGCGCAACGGUGCGAUCUUAUAG